CCUACGAAUACAAAAUGGCAACGCAAACUCUUUCAGCUGGCACCAACUAUUCGAAAGGAAUUCUUGUUUCAAUCAGAGAAAUGACAGAAACCUCUGACUUUACAAUCAAAGUUGCCGGAAAAUCAUUCCCAGUCCAUCGCAACGUAAUAUCAGCUGCAUCAAGCUAUUUUAGAGCGAUGUUUUCAAGCAACAUGAAGGAAGCCCAGCAAGGUUUUGCUGACAUGAAAACUAUAAAGCCUUCUAUAUUGGAGAAGUGUAUCGACUUCAUGUAUACCGGUGAAGUCAAAGUUCAAAUUGACGAGAUUCAAGAUAUUCUGCAUGCAUCGAGCCUACUACAGUUGGAUGCACUAACUGAACUUUCCUUUGAAUAUCUACAAGAGAAUCUCUCGGUGAACAAUUGCCUUGUUGCGGUAUUCUUAGCCAAACUAUAUGAUCGAGUUAAUUUACUGAACAUAGCUGAAAAAAUAGUUUAUGAUAAAUUUGAAGAAGUGGUUUCCACAGACACUUUUUCAGCCAUUUCAUGUGACGACAUAACUCGCUAUCUUUCUAAAGCAGAAGUAAGCCAUGAAAUAAAAUGGAACGCAAUUGUUACAUGGCUUUCUGUUCGACAUGAAGAAGUGGAACGUGCUCUACCAAAGCUAAUGGAUUCGAUCAAAAACAUCCCGGUCAAUUGUUUGCUUGAAACGAUUCUUAAUGAACGAAUGGUGUUCAAAAACAAACAGUUAGUGCAAUGCGUCAUUGGCCGUUUAUUUUCAAAAGGACAAGUAGCAAAAGUGAUGAAUGACUUUAUGGCGGAAAGUUUUGAGGAGCUUGCCGAGAGAGAUGAUUUCGUCGAGUUAAAUAAAGAAGAAAUCUUUUUAUUAUUUCAAUCACCGAAGAUUAAAUGUUCGUCCGAAAUAAUCAAGUGGGAUGCAGCUUUGAAAUGGUCCAAGAAUCAUCCAAACAGUAAAAAAGUAUUUCCAAAAUUAUUUAAAUUAAUAAAACUUGAUGAUCUUUUAUUGGAUUUCAUCGGGGAAGUUGUUCGAACUGAACCGCUUGUCAGGAAUUCUCAUGGAUGUACCGUUAUGUUGAUGGAUGCAUUAUGCGCACACGGAAGCGUUUCAAAGAAACCCAGCUCUGUUGCAUCACUAAGGAGGGAUCCUCAUCAGCACAUUGCCUUUUUAGACAAGAAAAGUGGUCAAAUUAAUACUUGGAUCAUUUCAGAGAAAACUUGGCAUAAACUACCCGAAGUUAAAUUCGGAGUCGACAUGCAGAUUGUUAAUGUCAACAACGAUCUGUAUGUAUUAAGCGGAUCUGAACUAUUUCAUUGGGGAGGGAACAAUACAUCCUGGUCUAUUAAGGGUAAUAUAAGAUGCAAAUCUGGAUAUCGUAAACUUGUCGCUUUUCAAGACAACAUAUAUCUAGUACAAGAGAAAUUCACGCUGUGCUAUGACCCCCUUGGUAAUAGUUUCAAAGGCAAUUUACCAGGAUGUGGAUUAGGUUAUGAGUUUUGUGCGGUAGCAACAAGAGCGUACAUUUAUGCCAUGGGUGGACUCCAUACAGAUCAAAAAGCAGAAAGAUUUAAUCCAGUCACACAAACUUGGUCACGACUUUGUCUAAUGCGAAAUUCAAGGCGCCACGCUUCAGCUGUUGAAUUCAAUGGAAAAAUUUAUGUGAUUGGGGGCUUUGAUGGACAUCGUGUAUCCAACUCCGCGGAAAGGUAUAACUUCGAAACCAACACAUGGACGAGAGUAGCAAGGAUGUGCGUUCCCCGAUUGGAUCUCUUCGCCUUUGUGGAUGAUAAAAGCAUAUUUGCAGUAGGGGGAGAAAAUGUUGAUGGCGUUAUGAACUCCGCUGAAGUCUAUGAUCCGAAUUCAAACCAUUGGUCAACUAUAACAAUAGAUGGGCUUCCAACGAAAGGUUCGCUUACAGGAUGUGUUUACUAUAUUCAAAAUGCUAACAUUUCCGAUGAAGUAACGCAAAAUAACGUUAUGCACGUAACUCAGAUCGUUACUGGUUAG